UUCUUUUCUCAAACACCAACAGAUCUGCUCGCACAUAUUUCCACCCUCACGGGAUCUCAGCCUUAUCAAACGCCUGCACAUUCAACCACAUACAUACACACACACAGUGGCCCACCAUGGUCUCAGCAUUCCAGAUGCCGUCCUUCUACAGGGCGCCGUUAACAGUCGACACCACCAACGCUCAGAAGUUCUUCGAAGAGGAGGAUGCGAACAUCCUCGACGAGAACAUUCUUGACCACAGCGCACUUGAUUCGGGCUUGGAUAUGUCACCUCAGAUGGUAGAGAGCAGGAGGGACUCUUUCGGUGUGACGCCCUCGAUCUUCUCACCGAAGACGGAGGAGUGGCAGCCGGUCGACAUGCAGUCUGUGCCCUCGAACAACCCUUUCUUCGAUCAGCACAGCAACAACCCCUUCCUGCGCAUGGAUCAGAGCCAGCAAGCAUUGUACCAGAACCAUGCUGCAUGGCCCAUCACCACCUCUGGCUCCGCGACCCCGCAACUCCAGGCCUUCGACGGCCUGCCGGUCGAGUAUGACUCGUCCAACCUCGCCGCCUUCCAAAGGCCCGCCACGAUGCAGACUCCGACUCCCUUCACUGCCCCUCCCAACCCGGCCGCCAUGUUCCAACAGCUCGGGCAGGCCGCCCCUCAGUCGAUCCCGACUUCCCCCCAGAAGGAUGCGUGGAUGGGCCAGGACCUCAAGACCCAAGGCAUGAAGAGGCCUCGGCCAGCCAGCCCCCUGAUCCGGUCGCAUAACGAACUCAGGAGGGGCGAUGGGAUCCGCAAGAAGAACGCCCGCUUUGACAUUCCUGCCGAGCGCAACCUCAGCAACAUUGACCAGUUGAUCGCGCAGUCGACGGACGAGCAGGAGAUCAAGGAGCUCAAGCAACAGAAGCGCCUGCUGCGCAACAGGCAAGCAGCCCUGGACUCGAGACAGCGCAAGAAGCAGCACACAGAGCGGCUCGAGGACGAGAAGAAGCAGUUCACCGAGCUCAUUGCCCAAAUGGAGGAGACCAUCGCGAAGAUGCAGAGGGACAUGCAGAAGCUCACCUUGGAGAAGCAAAACUGCGAGUCGUACAUCCAUGAGCUCGAGAAGAAGCAGGAGGAGUUGAUCAGCAAGCACACCAUCGAGACGGGUGAGCUGCGGAAGAAGAUCAGCGUCCUGACCAACGAAGUGCAGUCCAUGGGCCGUGCCUCCAACACCGCGUCGGGAUUCUCCGGUGCUUUUAGCGACAUGGAUGGCAUCAACAUGGACUGCUCCUGGGACAACAUGCCCAUGUUCGGCGACUUCUCCAUGGAGCAGAACACUUCCGAGGUCAAACAGGAGAUGCAGAUCGUACCGGCCGCCAAGAAGCCCGAGGUGUCGCUGCCGACGACCGCCGACUCCGAGAAGCCUGCCCAGCAAGGCGGGCUCCUCUUCAUGCUCUUCCUCGUUGGCGCUUUUGUGCUCUCGAGCCGGUCGUCGACGCCCAGCAUCCCGCGUGUCUCCGAGGAUGUCCGCGCCGCGUCCGCGACCCUCCUGGAGAACGUGCUCAAGGAUGCGGGCGUGUCGCAGGUCGCCUCGGGCCUCGGGAGCGCAGCCCCGCAGCCCUCGGGCACCACCUGGUCCCAGGCAUCGCAGCCGUCCCUGUCCAUGGCCACGCCGAUGGUCGACAACGUCGCCCCGUCGACGCUGGGCGAGAUGGCAGAUGCCCUGACGCGGCCCACCGAGCAACAGACCAACGAGCAGAUCUUCUCGCUGUCGGCUGAGCAGUAUAAUGACCUGACCUCGCAAGAUUUCCUCCAGGCUGCCCCGCCGGCCGAAAGGUCGACGAGCCAAGGGAGACGCAAUCUUGCCGAGGCUCUGGCCAGCAUGCGCAGCUCGACCAAGCAGUCUGCCGCCGAGGUCUACACUCGGUCGCUGCUCUGGGACCAGAUCCCGAGCGACGUCGUCCGGACUUUUGCCAAGAUGGUUGCGGAGAGUAACAACGCCGCUACCAGCGCUGGCGAGGAGAACCGGGCGUAAUGACCCCCAUCUUUUUGUUUUGACGAUGUUA